ACCGCCUUGACCAGAGACAACUGUGCGAAGAACUGGGGCCAUUGAUAGGCAUUGCCUUGUUCGCAGAGACACGGUAGAUUCAGCAAUGAUUCAGCUGAAGAUGCAGACCCUUGUUCCAGACUUUGAUGUCCUAGGACGUGCAAAUCCUUGUCGGAUAGUGGCGAAGAUAUGGUCGACAACUAUGACCAAGCAUUUCCAUUUUAUCAUCCCCAACCCUGUUCCUGGACAUCCUUACGAGUCGAGCACUGGCCGGGCAGGGGUAGGCACGUGGAUGAUGCGAGCAACGAUCUUAAAGUGCGCCGGCAAAUGGUCGUUCGAGACGUGAUGUUUCGUAUCCAAUCGACUCCGUGGUAUAGGUUGGGGAGGAAACUAGCAUGGCACCAUCGAGGUCAAGCAUGUGGGCAUGACGACCCGCAGUAUGGAGAGUCCUUCUGACACUGACGUUAGACUGCUGACGCCCCAACUUUCAGCCUCAUGGAUCUGGUCCUAGUCAG